CCCCUCCUCUGUUUGGCUCAGUCAAUGCAAGCUGAAGCCUCUUGUUGCUUGUGGCGUUUCUCGGGAAUCUGUGAUGACAGAACUCACAUACGGAGUGAGAGAGGGAGAGAGAGAGAAAGAGGGAGAAAGAGAGAAAGAGCUGGAGUUCACCUGGACUACUCACUGCCUUCACUAUGACCCUCACUGGACUGUACAGACUGUAAGCCGGAUAUAGGUGUACCUCUGCUAAUUUUUGCCUUUUGACGGACCAGCCUUCUCCAGAUGUUUAAAUAUGACAGAAACAGUAGGCUUUGGCUUCACACUAAGACUCUUCUUGGUAUACCUUGUGACUAGUGCCAAGCUGUAGAAAAGGUCAUGGAGGCUCUAUCCAUGGUGACUUUGGAGGGGCAACCAACCUCAGCGACACCACUGACCCCCAAAAUGACUUUUUCAGCAUUGAAGUCAACAGCAGGGAUGACUGAGGAUGGAAAUAAGACCAUGAGGAACAUUUCUUCUGAGAAUGUUGUAAACGUAGCACCCGAGAAGCAGGAAAAUGCAGAGCGUAAUGUGGAGAAUGAAGAUUUCAUACAAUCAGAACAUGCUUGUGCACCACAAGACAGCAAACUGGGAUCUAUUCUAAACCUCCCCACGCUAACGAAGGAAUACAAUUAUACAACUGGAAACACUGUGAUUGAGAACAAAGAUGAUCUUAAUGGUUGCUGUUAUGGAUCUGACUUUGUGUGUCUCUUACAAGAAGACAACCAGGCAGUGUUGUUCUCAGAUGGUCCAACACUAAAUGGCCAUGCUGUGGACACUGUAGCUAACUCCAAACCUCUUUGCCCUGUUUGUUCUUCAAAGAUGAGCUCCCAGGUAGACCACACUCAUCUUCCAAUGAACUCCAGUUUGCCAAGUGAUCCUUUAUCUAGCACUGCCCCAAGUAAUGAGGCAGGUGAAUUGCCACGGAUCAUCAAGCACAAGCCAAGUUCCAUCACGUUUGCAGAUUACACCUUUCUUCCAGCUUCCGUCCAGGGCGUCCAUGAAAGUUCUGAUUCUGGUGAGUCUUCUUCUUCUGAGGAGGAGGAUGAUGAUGAUGAUAACGUCUUCACACAGAUGCCUCAGAACAGGGAGACUGUCCUUACCUCUCGACGGAGGAGAGGUGGAAGGAGGCAAGGGAUUGUUGGAGAAGCAGCUAAGUGGGACCCAGACUCCAACGCCAGGCUCGGUACUGGUGGCUACGAGGGGGAAGGAGAGAGUAACAGCCAUGAGGAGUCUCCUCUGGUUCUGCUGUCUCCCUGGUCUGAAUCCAUGACCCAGCUCAUGAAGAAACUGGAUCAGCUCAACCUGGACAUAGAAGAAGCUCUCAGUGCUGGCUCCUCGCCCUCAGACACACCCGGCACUACCCGGAGACACACAGCCAAUGACAAAACCUCUCAGCAGAGCGCAGCAGCGUUGGGGACAGAGGGAAAGCAAUCCCUCAUCAACAUGGCCAGAGGACCAGAAUGGAAGGAAUGCCACGGCCAGGGAAUCUUCUCUACGGACACUUCCUCUGUGACCAGAACAUGUCCCAGAAAGGCAGAGAUGUCCAUCAAGACUAAACGUGGAGGAGCAGAGAUUGAGGCGAAGGAAGCGUGUGAUUGGCUGCGGGCUGCAGGAUUCCCCCAGUACGCACAGCUCUUUGAAGAUUCACAGUUUCCAAUAGACAUCUCUCCUGUGAAGAAAGAUCAUGACUUCUUGGAUAAGGACCUUGUGGAACCUCUGUGCCGGCGGCUAAACACGUUGAACAAGUGCGCUUCACUGAAACUUGACGUGAAUCUUCCAAAAAAGAAAAGCGAGGACUCCGAUGAGGACGACCUGUUUGCUAUUAGUGACAAAUGGACUUUUGAGUGGACCAGUCGACGUUGGUCCAGACUCCAGGAUAUCGAUUGUCUCCUGGAGAGUGUUGAGCACGAGGAGAGGCCAGAAGAUUGUGCCCUACGGACAACGCCCAGCAGUGAGAGUGUUCUGACUGACCUGAGUGAGCCUGAAGUUUCCUCUUUGCACAGUGAAAGCAGCAGUGGAGGAGUGCGAGGUCACAGCGCUGAGGAUUCAGACGGCUCGCACCACUCUCGCUCGGACUCGGCUGCAACCAUGCCUGACCGGACCUCACUGGGCGUGGCCCACCAUGCCCGAUCACACCUUGGCAGUGGUGGCUCUCACCACACAUGCUCAGACCCAGCAACCAUGCACGAGAAUACCUCACUGGUGGUUGCCAACUUGCCUCCUGACCUUCCUUGCUACGGCUCACUUCCCAUCAAGCAUGGUAAGCGUGGCCGGGCACGAGCUAAGGACUUCCUGCAGCGCAUGGAAGUGCUGCGGUCGCGUGGAACACUGAGCGGAGGCCGCAGGACCUUAGUAAUUGGUGCGCCUGUUCUCCAGCACGAACCUGAAACAGUGAAGGCUCUUCGCUGCGUGGAAAUUAAUGUAAAUGGCGAUGGAGGGCUGCCUGAACCACCCUCCAGUGCUGGCCUACAGUCCAGCAGCGACGGCAGCAGCAGUCAAUCCAGUACACCCAGCCUGAAGGACCGCAAGGCCAUCCGCAAUGACCACAAGCGCAGUGGCAUGUACCUGGAGGACCUGGAUGUGUUCUCCAGUGUGGUUCAGGGCAAAAGGGUGGCAGAGCAGAACCGUCGCAAUGAGCUCCACUCUUAUGAAGACCUAGUUGUCCAUAUCCCCAAAGACCACAAGCCUGGGACAUUUCCCAAAGCACUUUCCAUUGAAAGUCUCUCGCCCACAGCUGCACCUAUCAGCAGGCUUCCGGAGGUCCAACGUCAACCCAGCAUAAAAGAGCCACGACCUAUCACCCAGUGCUGCUCACGGGGCAGCCGGAUUAGCAUCUACGACAAUGUGCCUGGCUCUCACCUCUACGCUAGCACAGGAGAUCUAAUCGACCUGGAGAAGGAGGAUCUAUUUCCACACUUGGACGAUAUACUGCAGCACGUAAAUGGACUGCAGCAGAUUGUGGAUCAUUGGUCCAAAAAUGUUCUGCCCACAGGAGAGAGUGCAGAGAAGGGCCAGAAGGGGGAGGUGGAUGGAAACAUCCAGUCGUCCAGCCACAUCACGCUGGAUUUAGAGGGUCACUCUAUGCUAGAGGGGCAGGCCACCCCCAGUGAUGGUGAUAGGGAUGCCAUCUCGCUGAAUGAAACUGAAUCUACUGGCAUGAGAGAAAGGAGAGACUCCGGUGUUGGCGCUUCACUCACCAGACCAAACCGUUUGCGAUGGCCCAGUUUCCAAAUAUCCAACCGCCUCAGCCAUUCAGUGGCCUCCCUCCAGAUCACCAACCAGUCCGCAGGUCAACUCAGCCUUCUGCAGAAGUUCUCCUUGCUGCGACUGACGGCUAUCAUGGAGAAAUACUCAAUGUCCAACAAGCAUGGCUGGACCUGGUCAGUACCAAAGUUCAUGAAGCGGAUGAAGGUGCCUGACUAUAAGGAUAAGAACGUGUUUGGUGUUCCUCUGAUUGUGCACGUGCAGCGCUUCGGUCAGCCCCUACCUCUAGGCCUCCAGCAGGCUCUCCGCUACCUCAGGAGUCAGUGUCUCGACCAGGUGGGCCUCUUCCGCAAGUCGGGGGUGAAGUCUCGCAUCCAGGCGCUCAGGCAGAUGAACGAGAGCUCUCCAGAGGAUGUUAACUAUGAAGAUCAGUCUGCUUAUGAUGUGGCUGACAUGGUCAAACAGUUCUUCAGAGACCUACCUGAGCCUCUCCUCACCAGCAAACUGGGAGAAACCUUCCUCCAUAUUUACCAAUAUGUGCCUAAGGACCAGCGCCUGCAGGCGGUUCAGGCAGCCAUCAUGCUGAUGUCAGACGAGAACAGGGAAGUGCUGCAGACUUUGCUCUGCUUCCUCAGUGAUGUCACUUCCUCCGUGCAGGAGAACCAGAUGACGCCAAUGAAUAUCGCUGUGUGUCUGGCUCCCUCACUGUUUCACCUCAACAUCCUGAAGAAGGACAACCUCUCUCCCAGAGCCAUGCAGAAGAAAUAUGCCACUGGGCGGCCAGACCAAAAGGACCUGAAUGAAAACCUGGCUGCCACCCAGGGCCUGGCACACAUGAUCACAGAGUGUAACCGGCUGUUCGAGAUCCCCCAUGAAAUGGUGACCCAAUCAAGAAACUCGUACGUUGAGGCUGAGCUGCAGGCCCCAACGCUGGAGGAGCUGUGUAAGCAGCAGCACCCGCAGCAGGAGGAGGAGGAGGAGGAAGUCUCAUGGCCUGCACACUUAGAAACGCGGCUGCAAAGCCUGUUCAAAGAGGCCAGGGACAAAGCCAAGGGCUGGGUGUCCUGCCAGAGUGCUGACAACACCGAGCUCUCAUACAAGAAGGUCGGGGAUGGGAACCCACUGCGCCGCUGGCGGGUUUCCGUGGAGGUGGAGGCUCCUCCUUCAGUGGUGCUGAACCGUGUGCUGCGAGAGCGCCACCUGUGGGACGUGGACCUGCUGCAGUGGAAAGUGUGUGAAGCCCUGGAUAAGCAGACUGAGAUCUUCCAGUACGUUCUGAACCGCAUGCCCCCGCACCCCAGCAGAGACUUCAUAGUGCUCAGGUCAUGGAGGACGGAUUUACCUCGGGGCGCAUGCUCUCUCGUGUCCGUCUCCAUAGAGCAUGACUGUCCGCUCUUAGGUGGGGUCAGGGGGAUUGUGCUGGAGUCUAACUACCUGCUGGAGCCCUGCGGCUCAGGAAAGUCACGACUUACACACAUCUGCAGAGUGGACCUCAAAGGGAGAACUCCAGAGUGGUACAACAAGGCGUUUGGUCACCUUUGUGCCGCAGAAGCCGCCCGUAUCCGCAACUCCUUUCAGCCGAUCCAUGCCGAGGGCCCAGAGACCAAAAUCUGAGCCCCGCCGUCCCCUACAGGACCCUCUGGACACCCUCCACCAAUACUGUGACUCUUCAGAUGAUGUCGGGAAGAACCCGAAGAGGAUAUUCUGCAGCCUGCCAAUGUACCUUUGUGUUGUUGAUGUUCAUUUGUAAAGUUAUAUUAUUGUAAUUAUCAUUAUUUGUAUAAUAAUUAAUUAUAUUUGUACCUAUUUGCUGAGCACAUAAUCUUAUACAAUGUAUACAACAUCUAAGCUCUUAAAUGCUUCUGGGAAGCAUGUAUGUUAUUAAAUUCAAAGAUAAAGCUAUAAUUGAGGGUACGUGCUGCACAACCACAUAUGUGUGCGCUUGUAUUGCGUGUGUGCUUGCGUGUGAGUAUGUAUGUGUGUCUCUGUACACGACCAUAUGUGUGCAUACAGACAAGUGAACCUGUAUAGAGUGUGCAUUACCGAAAGGCUCAGUUCAAGCAUUUCGCCUUCGUAUUGAUAUCUCUUUUGCACUGGUAUCAGUUUGAUUUCUAUGGUACAAAAUGUUACUCAGAUGUAAGCUGGUUUUACUUUGCCUUCUCUGUGUUGAUGAUUCAGUGUUUGUCCAAGAAUGGAUGUAAUAUUAUUUUAUUUUAAUGUUAAGGAUGAAAAAAUGACUUGGGUUUGAUUUUCUCAGACCUGCUCUUGUAGUACUGGAUUACAUAGAGGACAGGAGUCAGAGACGAUGUCUUUUUUAAUAAACUAUAUAUAAAUUAAUUAUUACUAA